AUGGAAACUGCCGCGUGUUUGGGUGUCAAAGCUGACAACACCACGCCCAUUGAAUCGUCAUCUCUUACGAUUCCAAAUUGGGCUAUUGUUUUAGAGGAAGAUAUACGCUCCGAAGUAGAAUUAAGCUUCAGUUAUCGGCACAUUUUCUCAAAAGUUGAGGAGGUUGAAAGCUGCUUCUGGCAGAUGGUGGAAAAUGCGUUGCCUGAGGUGGAGAUGUGGGAAAGGUGCUUUUGUGAUGUUUGUCCGUAG